AUGGCAUCCAAAAAGCCUCAUGCAUUCAACCCACCCUCCGUACCUGAACCCGCCCCAACCUACAAUCAAGUCUGCAUUACUCCUGUAGUGUCAUCAUCCAAACUGAUCACUCUUGCCGGUCAAACAGGCAUGCGAAAAGAUGGUCCCAUUUCCUCUGAUCUCAGAGAGCAAGCAAAGGGCGCCUAUGAUAGCAUUCACAAGUGCUUAGCCGCUGCUGGUGCAACACCACGGGAUAUCGUCAUGGUCCGACACUACAUUGUGAAGGAAACUGGUGACCCGAAGCAGGACGAAAAGGACGUUGUAGAUCGUGGCUGGGGAGAGCUUUGGAUGGAAUACAUGGACAAGGAGGCUGAAGGACAUAGGCCACCUGAUACGGUGGUUCCUACCUCCUUACUCACUGUACCUCCUCGUUCAAAUACUCCUACAUUCAUAAUGAGGCUCUUAUCAUUCUUGUGUCUACUGUCGUCUAUUCAGCUCUUCACAAGCGCUCGAGACAUUACCUUUCCACCAGUCUCUGGAUACUCGUCGCAACAAAUCAUUCCUCAGCAGAAUCUUGGAUUAGAUAUCACUCAUGCGAAGUUCGCAGGUCUGAUGACAUAUGCCAAUCUGCCUUAUGUACACUGUUUGGCCCCGGAACAGCAGGAUGUGGUGCCAUUUGACAUUGCAAUCCUAGGCGCACCAUUCGACACAGGUGUCACCGCACGACCUGGAGCGCGCUUCGGCCCGAGUGGAAUUCGACAGGGCUCGAGCCGGAUAUCACCAGCCAGUGCUUGGUCCAUAUAUACAGGUGAGAACGUGCUUGAGGAUUGGGCAAAAAUCGUUGACUGCGGUGAUGCGCCAUUGACAUUCUUGGACAACACUGCAGCCUUAAAGCAGCUUGACAAAGCACAUGAAAUCGUGUCCGCAAGACCCACCAAUUCGAGCGAGCACACAACACCAAAGAUUGUGACGUUAGGUGGUGAUCAUACCACAACGCUAUCUGCACUGCGAUCGACUCACAACCAUUGGGGCCCGGUUAGCGUCAUCCACUUCGACAGCCAUUUGGACACGUGGGACCCUGAAGUACUCGGUGGAGGCAUCUCCCAUUACGCAGGUGUGAAUCACGGAACAUUCCUGCAUAUCGCGCAUGAGGAAGGUUUGAUUCGAAACACUAGUAUUCACGCGGGCAUUCGAGCUCCCAUGGGACGGCCAAAGGGUGAUCUGCGAAAUGAUAUCCGAUGCGGGUUCGAGAUUGUCAAGGCCAGAGAAAUCGAUCGAUUCGGUGUAGCAGGUGUCAUUGCUAGGCUGAAGUCUCGGGUUGCUGGAACAAAGGUCUACAUCAGUGUCGAUAUCGAUGUGCUUGAUCCUGCAUUCGCACCUGCUACAGGAACAGCCGAAGUCGGUGGCUGGACUACGCGAGAGCUCUUGUCCAUAUUGGAUGGUCUCGAGGGACUGGAUGUUAUCGGAGCAGAUGUCGUUGAAGUGGCUCCCAUCUACGACAACCCGGGUGAAACCACCGUUCUGGCUGCUGCAGAAGUUGUGCACUCUCUUAUCGCACUAAUGGUAAAGUCCCCUUCUUAG